AUGUACAAUACAUUCCAAGACGAUUAUUUGCGGCAGUCCUGCUCGAACUUGCAGUUGCCUAAACAGCAUGAUUACUUCCAAGUGAGUCUGAAGAUCACGAGUAUGCAAAAGAUGACCGCAUAUCCUCGUGUCUCUUCUUUGGCUUCUGUAGCGAAUGCCUGGGCAGUUCCCUAUGAGAAUCCAACGUAUGGCAAUGAAGGCUUAAGUUCCGAUACAUGGCCAAAGUCAGAGCGCAGCGCAAAAGAUAUGCCCUCCCAAACUCAAGGCACGGAGAAUUGCUGCUACUUAGCUCAAGCACGGCUUUCAGUAUGGCUAAGAGAUCGCCUGGGGGAGAGUGCUACUCCCAGCCAUUGUCUCCAAUUCGUUAGAAAGUAUGGCUAUAUCGAGUUUGCUGCCGGUUUGAAGCUGCAACUAGCAUCCACUGGUAGUGCUCCAUCUUCUUCUUUGCCUUCUCGGCAGAUAUGGGCUCAGUUUUCAGCGUCGUCACACCACUUGCCAUUCCUAGUUUCACCGAAUAAUCCCUUCUUGCUGCUUUGGAUGAACCCUGUUUGUGCCCCGAAGCCUCGCCUUGCCCUUGACGCCCCGCCUUAUGUCAGCCUGAUUCUCCCCCAACUCACACAAAGCAGAACUUUAGCUGAACCCCAUGUGCCUAAGAAACCCCGCGCCUCGUACCACAUCCUUGGGGUAGAGUUGAACCGGAGUUUAACAUCUGACACUUGCUCGAAUACAGAGCCAUAUUGGAAAGUCGUAGCGCCGGGCGAGGUUGCCUUGUUGCCUUCCAAUACGUGUCACUGGCUAAGUGAAGCCAAAAGCUUAUUGGUCCUCUUUUGCAACCACUUUAAGUCCGCGACAAGAGAAAAUGAAUGCACAAUCAGCAUCGCCCCAUAUCUCAAGGCCAACUUUAAACCAAAAGGCUGGAAGAUGUCUAAAGAUAUGCCACCGGGCUCAUUACAGAACCAUGUAGAGCGUCGCUCCGAAUUCGACAGCUGCCUUCUCUUCGGAAGUUCAAAAUUCAAGCAAUCCAAUGCCCAUAAUGAUGCCACGAGUUCAAUAGCACUUGUUGGAUUGAGACCUGCAGCAACCACUUCCCAUAUGGAGAUGUCGGGGUUAGAGCCAGGCCGUGGAAGCGGAAGCGUCUAUGUGAUAUUCUUCGGGAAUGAAAUGAUUUUUCUUCAGCCUGCCUCAGUCGUUCUCAACAGCUCAUCGCGGAAAGGGCCUUGCGUUCUACCGAUAUUAAUUUAUCUAGUUCCCAUGCUCCUUAGAUUCAUAUUGUAG